AUGGCGUCCGCGGAGGAGGCUUUGCCGCGUCGUGUGACCCGGGAGCUAAACGAAGCCUCGCUGAAACUUAUGGAAAGAACAGGAUACACCAUACGGCAAGAAAAAUGGCAAAGAAAGUACGGCGGUCCACCUCCCGACUGGGAAAGCUCAGCUCCUUUAAAGGGUUGCGAAAUUUUCGUCGGAGGUAUUCCAAAAGACUGUUACAAAGACGAGCUUGUUCCAGUAUUUGAGAAGAUAGGGAAGAUUUACGAACUGAAACUCGUAAUGAACCCCCGCUCUGGAUCCCAUAGAGGAUAUGGAUUCGUUAUAUACACUAACAAAGAACACGCGAAUCAAGCGGUAAAGGAGCUUAGCAACUACGAAAUUCGUAAAGGCCAGCUCUUGGGUGUUUGCAAAUCUCCCAGGAGAGUUUUGCACCUGAGGAACCUUAUGUCGAUAACUACAGAAGACAAAAUUAUAAAGCUGUGCAGUCAAGUUGUGGGAAGGGACGAUGCUGUGGAAAGAGUAGAGAAGAUAAAAGAUUAUGCAUUCAUUCAGUUUAGAGACAGAGAUGAUGCUAUCAUGGCCAUGACUAAACUUAAUGAAAAUUACAUGAUAGAAUAUCCACCAACAUCUAAGGGAGAGUAUUUGGAAAACAUGCUAACUCAAGCUAAUCAGGACUGCCACUUGGGUGAGGUUGAUAGAGUAUACAACAGAGGCCCGGAAGCGUUGGAAUCUUGGAAGCAGAAAGAAGUAUCAUAUGUCGGGGGCUAUGGCAAUGAUCCUAGUUACUCGCCUCCAUUGUAUUACAACCCGAUGUCUCCACCACCCGCAAGUAGGGGGUUGGCAGAGCGAGGUCCCAUGGGUAUCAGAAGCCCUGUGCGAGGCCGAGGGAUGAUGAUGAGGGGGUGGGGCUUUAGGAAACAUCCAGCAGAGAUCACCAUACCAGCUCUCGGUACUCAGUUUCCAAAUCGUAACCCAUUUACCCCAAAUAAACUGUGUUCUACUGUUGAGGGGGCAAAGGUUUUUGCAGCAGAGUACGUAUGA